AUGGAUUUAUCGUCUUCACGUAUCUUAACCGCGUCAUCGAUUGCAAAUACCUCAUCAGGUGCUAUUAUAAUUCCGGCUGUUAAAGGUGCUUCAUCAUUGAAUAAAAAUUCUUUGAAUCCAAUGCGUAUUGGUGAUGCAGCUCUACAAAAAAUGCGUACAAUAACAACCACAGCACCUACAACAUCUUCAAAUGACACUUCGGAUCAGCAACCAGCUGUAUUUAUCAUGAAUAAUACUAAAACUGAACCUCAACAACCGCGAACAAUAACUGUUAACCGUCUUUUAUUUUCAAAUAAUGCUAAUAAUCAGAAUAUUUCCACGCCAACAACAAUUAUCAAUGGACAAAAUGGUAUUAGUUUAGCAACACUUGUUAAUAAUUUACAUACAUUAAGUCAAAUGUCACUAUUACAAUCAACAAAUAAUACAACAAUACCAACAGCAACACAUAAUAGUAUAGCUAAACUUCUUGAAACACCAAUGUUAUCAACAUCAAAUGUUGUUCAAACGCCACAAGCAACAAUGGUAUCAGCCAUGAAUAAAUCGAUUUCUUCAUCGGCCAAUAAAGAAAAUGAAAAUACUCCAGUAACAUCAACACGUAUAUCAAAUGUUCGUACAACAACAUCGAGUUUACCAACAUCCAUUCAAUCUCCUCCAACAACUCAAAAUGAUGCAUUUUUUGCUAAAACAAAAGUUCUAGUUGAACUUCUAACAUCACCAAGUACACAACCACCAUCAACUUUCGGUUCAUCAAUGAUCGAACCUGAAACACAAACACCGUAUUCGGAUGCAACACGAACACGUUCAAAAAAACGCAUCAAUCGUGUUAAAAGGCCAAUGAAUGCGUUUAUGGUUUUUUCACAAUUGGAACGUCGGAAAAUUGUUCAAUUAGCACCUGACAUGCACAAUGCUGAAAUAUCAAAAUAUUUAGGUGCACGAUGGAAACGCCUAUCGGAAAUUGAACGACGUCCAUUUAUUGAUGAAGCUGAAAGAUUGAAAAUGCUUCAUUUACGUGAAUAUCCAGAUUACAAGUAUAAACCACGUAAACGUGCUAAAAAAGGUUCAUCACCACAAAGAAAUUCAACAAAUCCACAUGCAUCAUCAUCAAUGGAUACAACAGAUACAUCAUCGGAUGAUUGUACAUCGAAAAACUCGAUUCUACCGGGAUUAAAUCGUUUAGAUGAAAAUCUUUCAACAUCAAUGGAAAAUGAUUUCGAUGAAAAUUCCUCAUCGACAUUACUUACAAACACGCUUGCUUCAUUGAUUGAUCCGAAAUUAGGUUUAUUUUCAUCGAACAAUAAUUUUGAUGAUCCAUCACUAUUUAAUUCAUCACAAACAACAAACGGAACAUCAUCAUCAUCAUCACAGCCCAUUGAUCCACUUUUACUUGAUGCACUUGCAUCGGCUGAUCCUCAAACACAAGAAGCAUUUUUUAAUCAAUUGCAAAUGCUUGGCGAUUUUAAAUUAUGGGCUGAUCUUGAUUUAUCAAAUAGCGAUCCAACUUUAUAA